GCCAGUGCUACGUUCAACACCCCAUUUCCAUCCCAAAGCAGUGCUGCCGUGUGUGUGUUACUGUGUGCUUUCCAUCACAGAACUGUUACUUCGCACACUGAUUACACUCCCUUGUUGAGGUGAAUUGUGUCUCGUCCUACACCGUUGGCAAGCUUGAUCUCAGCAGUAUUAAGUGAGACCAUCAUCGUCAGGCUCACACAGAGAAAGCUACAAGCGCGUAGAGAAGGCUCUAGCGAAGGCUCCAGCGAAGCAGAGCACGGAAGGAAAGAGCUGGGCUCAAGAUGACGACGCCCGUGACGCAGAUCUACAAGAGAACAGAGGUUGUAGGCCGUGGUAAGUUUGGCAUUGUAUACAAAGGCAUACACAGGGCCACAGGGCAGAUCUUCGCCAUCAAGGUGCUGAACUUGGACACGUCCGAGGAUGAGGUGAAGGAUGUGCAGCAGGAGAUCCAGUUCCUGUCCCACCUGAAGCAGGUGCCGAACGUGACACGGUACUACGGGAGCUAUCUGAACGGAACCAAGCUGUGGAUCAUCAUGGACUACUGUGCCGGUGGCUCGCUACGUACGCUGCUGAAGCCUGGACGCAUAGAUGAGAGGUACAUUGGAGUGAUUGUGAGGGAGCUGCUAGUGGCUCUGCAGUACAUCCACAGGCAGAAUGUGAUCCACAGGGACAUCAAGGCUGCGAACGUGCUGAUAUCGAACGAUGGACGAGUACAGCUGUGUGAUUUUGGAGUCGCCGCACAGCUGUCGUCCACGAGUCUCAGGAGGAACACCAUGGCGGGCACUCCCUACUGGAUGGCUCCCGAGGUGAUCAUGGAAGGCACUUCGUACGACGUGAAGGCAGAUAUAUGGUCUCUUGGUAUAACGAUCUACGAAAUAGCCACAGGGAACCCACCGUACUGUGACAAAGAGGCCAUCAGGGCGAUGCAGCUCAUCACCAAGUCCAAGCCUCCGAGACUGGAGGGAAAGCAACACUCGCAAUUACUGAAGGAGAUCAUUGCCCUGUGCCUGGAUGAGAAUCCUGAGGAGAGGCUGAGCGCAGAGGAGCUCCUGAAGACCAAGUUCGUCAAGUUCCACAAGAACUCGUCAACUUCAAUGCUCAAGGAGCUGAUCUCCAGGUAUUUGAUCUGGAGAGAGAAGAAGACAUCGAGGGAGAGCGUACUGAUGAAUGCGGAGGAUGAGCAGGGAGAGAGCGAGAUUGAGGUGAAAUGGGACUUUGAUUCUCUCAACAGCAACGAAUACAUCAUAGAGAAUGACAUCAACGUCAGCAGCAUCAACAACAACAACAACGUUGAUGGUGGUAAUGCACAGCAGGAGGACUACUUCAACCUGGAUGGAGGCAAAGACUUUGACGAUGGUGACGACGUUUUCUCCACGGGAUACCCAGGGGCCAUGAACAACAGUGCACACGUAACGCUGAACAAUCGAACAGCGACAGGUGGAGGAAGUAACAUCACCUACAGUAAGAAUACAGUAACGUACAACACGAACAUCGGGUCAACCUUCAAGGCAAACGGGACUCUGAAUAAGGCUCCCAAAUCCUUGCUUCAUCUGUUUGAGGACCCUAAUGAGGAAGAUGACGGUGAUGAAGAUGCUACAGGCCAUCAAGUGACAACUGCCACGGACAUUUCACUUCCAAGGAUUGCAUCAUCGAUAGCAGUGCAUUCCAACUCUACUAACACUGCCACUGCGUCGAACUCCAGGGUGACAACGCCAAUUGUCGAGAUUGAGAUACCCACAAUGGAGGAUAUCGAAUGUAUGCCAUCUACUCAGCAGAAAGAAGAAGGAGCAAAGACAAGAUCCAGGGCCAACACGCUUGUUCACACACAGUCGGCACCUGUUAUCGAGACAAAGAGAUCUUUGGACCCAGGAUUGCAGAGAAGACCAACCUUGGUGAAUUCUCUGAGUACACUUCCCCAGAUUCCCCAGAGCCCUAAUCAAAGUGCAGCUCAAAGACACACACCAAGUAGCUCUGGGCCUUCAGCUGGACCUGGCCAUUCAGCUCCUCCUCCUAUGAUGAGAAUGACACCUUCACCAAAGAGGGAAGUCGCAAGAGAUGUGCUGGUAUUCCCAUCUCCGUCGAAGGGCAGUUUGGUUAACGGUUCACCAUCGAAACCUAACCUUUCGAUGAAGGCGAUUGCUUCUCCAAAUAAUCCAUCACCGUUAUUGCAACCUCUGAACAGCAUACAAACCUCAUCAACAACGUCUUCCACAGCAGCUUCAGCAGCCCCCCCUGUUGCACAGAAUGGAGCGAAACCACCAACGGUGGGCCUCAAACGUAACCAUCAAAACUUACGCUUACAGAUGCCAACACCGACUGGAGGCUCAUUCCCAAGGUUGCUACACUCGAAUUCGAAUGCUGAAGAAGGAGGAGAUGAAAAUCUGAACCAGUUUGGAGUGAAUGUAUCAAACACUUCAAACGUUCCGAUGGCUAUGACGCCGCUAACUGAAAAGCCAACAUUGACAACUUCAGGAGAUCUUUAUGGCUCUGCUGGUGGAAAUAUCUCAAAGAGACGACCAACCAUCACUCAGCAACAACCACCUCUUCCAACUCAAUUGCUACAACCUCAAGGACCACCUACGAUGCCACUACUGGGCCAACGAACAAACUCCACGGUCAGCAGUUCGCAGAGCUCUGUUGAUGGUGGAUCUGUCAGUACAGUGGUUACUGAUCCCAGAAAUCCAAUUGGCAUGGAUCUUGGAGUGUUUAUGGACGUGGACGGUUCCAACGAUAAGCUACAGAAUGAGAUGAUCAAGAUGCUCAAUGGAUUAAACACUGUUUUGGGUGAUUUAGAAGAGAGGCUAAUUGCUUUGAACGAAUGAUGAUAGAACGGCUUAGACUUGCGGUUAUUUGUACGAAAGAGAAAAUAAGAAUCAUAUGGUCAUUUUAU